AUGGACAUCAGCACAAUGGCGGUCGAGAUGUAGCGUCGGUUGUGGUUCGUGAUGUGAUCCCAAUUUGUGCGGUUUUCCUCGUGUUUGGGUGCAUUCCUGCGUAAUGUCAUUAGAUAGGCACAUUACAGAAUGCUUUAAGAUGAAAAAGCCGAAACCAUCGCCGGAAAAAAGCUGUUCGAGCGCCACUACGACUCCGAAAAGACGCGCCGCAAAAAGCAAGCUCGCCUCCUCUGUCCGCGGUUUUUCGACACCGGUUGGAAAAGCUGGCGGAUCGAGACGCGACGCCUCGCCGGACCUUCUCGAUCAGAGUUGUUACGAGACGACUGUGGACCUAAACACGAUCGCCGACGACUUGCUGUGCUCUCAAGACGUCGUUGCGGCCGAUGUCAUCUGGGACUGCACUUCGCCGCGAAACAAAGUUUUCAAAGUGAGAAAAAAUGGGGAAUCGGACGUCAAGAAUCUGGUCAAGCAUUUCAGAUCUAAGCCAAAGGAGACGGAGCCAGCUGCUUUGUCGAUAUUGGACAUCAUCGGAACGAGCUACAACCAUACGCCACCUCGAGCCAAACCUGACUGUCCCCGCAAGCAGAGGGACCUGGCAAGCGAUGCUGCGAACGCGCAGGUCAUCAUGGAGGAGAUGCAGAUGCUGUUGGACAUGAUGAAGCAGCCUGGGCCAAGUGGUUCCGGAGCAACUUUUGCAAGCCCAAGCCGCUCGAGAGACGUUGAGAAAACCGAGAAGCCCGCCAGGGUCGAAAAAUCUGCCGCGAAGGUGCCGUCGCCGCCGUCGCCGACGAGCGAUGAGAAGUGGGCAGGCGAGGACGACAGCCUGCUGGUUGCGGCGACGCAGGAAAUGGAGAUGACCGCCGAGAUGAGGACACCGUCGAGACUGGUGAAAGUGUCACCGGCGUCGCCUAGCGUUCCCACGGCGGCGUUGCAGACGCCUCCCAACAUCUCGAUGUUUGCGUCGCCAAUGCGGUGCCACCUGAAGCGGGCGUCACCACGGGACCGGUCGAGCCUGCUGCGCAAGUCGCCGAGGCUUCAAGCCCUGUCGCUGAACCGCACAUCUUCUCCGCCGCAGCAGCGGAGCCUCGUUCCCGUCGCGGUGUCCGCUUCAGAACGGGCCCCGGUUCAAUCCCCGGGACCGAUCUUUGACGAGGAUGACGGGGAUGAAGCGCUCUUGGAUCAGAUCUGCAGCACAUACGAACAGCAGCAGGAGUUGGAGAGGAAAAUGGCCGCCAAGUGUCCACCUCCGCGUGCUGACUCUGGAACAGCAGCAACCUCCUCCAGACUCGACAGAGGCAAGCCGUCGCCGACCGAGGUUGCCACGACUCUUGGAUGCAGCGUACACGUUGCAACCUCUGGACUGCUCAUCAAUGAGCCAAAAAGUGCCACAGGCUUUAAACCUUGUGGAGUGACAGCACGAGUAGCGUCAAAGACGGCCGGUUCAGAGGGCGGUGUUGCUUUCGAAAGCGGCAAGAAGGGCGCUGUUUCGAGUUCCCUUUCCCCGCAUGGCACGGUGUCUUCGUCUCACAAAGCGAUACCUUACGUGACACCGUUGAAUUACGCCCACUCUAAGGUCGCCGGCACGGCAAACGACUGCGGAGUCUCGAAGAGUGCCGACGUGUCUUCGAAGAGACUUGGCAUCGUCUGCAACACGAAAGUGCUGCCGCCGACUCUCCUGCCCGGGGCUCGCAAUGGGAAGCACGUCUCAGGCGUGGUCAGCAGCGGCUCCAACUCUUGGGUCGUCAGCACUACUGCGACAGGACGUUCUGCCGUCAGCAACGGAAGCGGGACGUUGCCCGUCUUGCCGAGCGUUGCACAACCUUCGUCCUCGAGGAACUCGGCUUGGGCAGUGGUGACGACGACAACCCGAAGCCUGCCGACUGUACCCAAGUCGAAGUCACCCUUCAGAGCCCAGGCAAGGGUGCAGCUUUCAAGGGCCAAGACAACCAACACGGCAGAUGCGAGUAUAGACUUCGGAGACGACGACGACGACACGGACUUCGCGACGCCCGACGUCGUGUCCUGGCUGGAGAAAGUGGAGUCCCAGCGUGCUCCGAGCCAGAAAUGCACCCCAGAGGAAAUCGCCAAGAAGAGAGAGGAGGCCCUGCGUCGCCGACAACUCAAGGCCGCCCAAGCCAAGCACCAGUGGAAGGGACGCCUGCGGCCGUCCAGGUGACUGCAAUGGCUGAAGCUGACGGAAGUCGUGAACUGAAGCUACAUUGUGCGUAUUUCAGGAGACAUUAGGAAACACGCUUACAAACAUGUCGCAAGAAUCGUGUGGGUGUGACUUUGCCUCGUUUGUUCAGGUAAUUGGGCCUUUGUCAACGAUGUGUCUGGAAUGCCAGAGGCUGGCAUCUUUAGACAAUCAGGCUGUGGACAGUCGACAUAAGAGCAUCAACUUCUGAUGUUGUAACAGUUAAGCAUCCUCCAGGGAGACAUUGUGGGCGUUGUUGCUGGGUUACUGUACAAAGAAUUAUCAAGAUUCGUGUUUGGCGGGACGGACAGCUAAAAGCAGCCUUCUGGAAAGCUUUCAGGUUCUGUCGCGGCGGUUGAUCACAUACCUGAUCUGAUGUCAAACCAGAUUGUACUGUGUGUUUGUGUGUGUGCAUAAGAUCACUGGGACACUUGUGUUUACACAUCUGUAUCUUGUAAUGCAAGUGAAGCCUUUAGUUCACUGACAUGUUUGUUCCUCAAUGCAAAAAGCAUGCAAAAAAUCCGGCUGAUUUUUUUUUUUUUUUUGUAAUUGUGUUUGUAUUAGCUGGAUGAAGUUGAGAUAUUUUCGUGCCUGUGCUUGAUUAGGUGAAAUAAAAACCGUAGAAAUGUUUGCUGCAGAAGCCUCAUUGCUGUGCCAUUGGUUCAUAGGUUUGUGGUCAGUAUAUGGCCAAAUUAAUUAAACACUUUAUUUUUAUUUAUUUGUUUUAUGAAAGGUUGCAAAAAGUACUAUAAAAGUAGAAUUCAUUUCCGUAGCACAGGAGCUGGCACAGGCACAUCCUAGUGCAGGCAAAUGGAUUGGCCCUAUUUUUGUGGCGUCACCCGUGGGAUGUCCUAGGGUUCCAAAACUGCCAUUCGUUGUACCUUUUUCUUUUUAUAUAUAUAUAUAAAUAUAUACUUCCAAGCCCUUGUCUGUCGAGCUUCGGGCAUUUUCUUUCCAUAAUUUAAUUUAUUCUAGCUUGGGAUAGGAAUAUGGCCCACAGACUUGACCACAAUCAACUGUAGCAGUCUCUAUAGCUUCGAGGAGGGAAAGGAAAUAAUCAUAGAGCUAUUAUAAUGUAUGUAGGAGGUUCAACUGGCGCUAGUGUCCAUGCGAUUUCUGGGAUGCAAGUAGGCAGCUCCAGCCUACUUUUGCAGUGUUCUUGUGCAUUCCUAUGGGAAAACUCGCGUGCAUUAUGUCUCUUCACCAGAAAAUAACAUGGAACUCUUUUGUUAUUUGGGUCAUACGAAAUAGUAUGUAGCUUUACUAACAUUGUAAAAGUGUAAUUCCUUUAGUUACAUCAUUUUUCUUCAUCGGUGAACAAUGUUUUACUGUAAAACCCUUAAUAUUCGCAAGCCUCUAAUUUUCGUGAAUUUUGCGACUUAAAAAAUUUGCUAACUUUGGUGGCCACCAAUAUUUCAAUUGUGCGUAGAGGUGAAAUCCAGCUUUUAGAAUUCGCAAAAUUUAAUGGUAGCGAAUAUACCCCCACUGGCCAGUUUGCUAAAAAUCGGGGCCGCGAAAAUAAAGGGUUUUUGCAGUAUAUGAAAAUGGCCUUGUCGUACAUCUUUACGAGCGGUUCAAAACGUAAAAAAUAAAGUAUGUGGGCUAUGAAA